AUGCUCUGCCGCACGCGACCGUCGUGGGAAUGCACGACAAGGACAUUACGCGCCGGAACACAAUACCGAACGAGCAUCCUACAGCGACGAUGUCUCGCAAUCGCGGUCGACAACUGGGACAAUUACUUUGAAGAGGUGGAUAGCACGCAAGAAGCAGAAGCAAGGACACCCGGGAAAGAUUCGAACAUCAGUUCUGGCGAGCGAAAUCAUGGCGUGUUCAUGGGCAUGGUUACAUCGCGGGCUCCGCAGACAACAAAACUUGAAGAACUUCUCGCGGCUAUCAAGCCGCGGCCAGUGGGACGACCUGCAGAGCCCGUGCAAGCACCGUCAAUUCUGACACUCCUCUUGACGCCCGCAUUCGCUCAGCAUGCAUUGGAUCCGCAAUUCCCACUUCAGGUGCUCAAGCGUUUCGGCGAUGCGCCUAUGACCAAGGCGAUUGACACGAUAACUGCGGUCGUGGACCGCCUUCCUUCUCCAAACAACUCUGCUUCGGGAGAAGAGGGUAUCGGCUAUUGUUUCGACAGUCAACCGUCUCCGCUGUCUCUCGAAUCACAGAGUCCGCUACAGAAGACCGCUCAGAAGCCAGGAUCGUUGACUUUCAACUGGAAAACUCUCAUGAAAACCACGGGCACAUUGCAAAUGCACACCCGUUAUGAGCCAGAUCCCACCACGGGUGCACUGCGCGAAGUCAUUUCGCAGCGCCUCGAGUCGCAGGCUGUUGAUAUCCCGGCACCACCCAACAACGCCAUCGAAUAUCGGACACCUUUGAUACCUCUGACUCCACCUCGAGCCAUCGCGAGCUCGAUGGGAAACAUUGUGCGAAAGCUUUCUACUGAUUUACCAUUCAAGUUCUCCCAGGCCAAGAUCGCCGCCGACGACUCUUCUGACAACCUUGUACCUGCAUCGGAGGAGCUCGAAAAAGCCGUGUCUGACUACUUCAAAGUGCUUGAAAUGGGACCUGAACCUGUUCAAGUGUGGGCGUUCAUCAUCGCCGAUGCACCGAAGGGCGAUUUUCCGAGCCAGAAUGGUGGAGAUAUUCUCGAUCUGGACAAUUCUGUCAUCAGGAGCAUAUGGGAGUCCUCCAGAGAUUCAAAGGCUCAUGCAUGGGACGGAUUUUGGGGUAUGGCGAAUCUUGCAAUGCUGCGCAGAAAGUGUCGUCUGACCAAGGUUCUCUCUGGCGGAGGAGGAUGGGGCAAGAAAGCUGGGCUUCUCAGUCUCGACCCGGACACGAAGUACAGUACACGCGAUUUGCGUGGCGACCAAGGUUGGGAGUUCUCUUUCCAGGACGAAUAUACGGAUGACAUGGUUGCGAAACACCAAAGACAGGCUUUGGGGGAGAUUGUCAAGCCGGGCGAGAAAAUCAUGUUCUUCCUCGCGCCCAAGGAGAGUCCGCCGCCCUCGAAAGAGGAUAUCAGGUCUUUCAACGGCUCUGAUCGAGCAUUCGUGUUUGGAGCGAUUCCCUCAAGUAUUGAUAUUGUGCCCGGCGGCGCGGCGAGUACCCAGGACCUUGCUGGCAUGAAGAUCGAGCAUCAUCGGAACAUUUUUGGCGUGCUUUCUGAGGGCUUGGAGACCAUAACCGUACCACGCACCAUCUUGAUCAGCGUAGAACGCGCCAAUCACCUCCGCCACCGAUAUGCCACUCUCAAGAGUCGCCUCGUCGCUUCCGCCAUGGGUUCUCCAGAGAUGGAAAUGCAUUGGACUCUCAUGCAGAAGCGCAGGGAGGCAUUGCUGAGUAUCUCGUGGAUGGAUUGGGACUCCAAGCGUUGUGUCGCCGCUUGGGAUAGAGCGACCGAGACAUUCCUGAGCGAGCUCAGGGUUCAGCUUCGACGGAUGAUCCCGGAGGACUCGCCAGUAAUCGCAACCGAGCUUGAUAGCACUCCAAAACACAAAAAUUCGAAACAGAAGACUCGCACUGAGAAGCACCAUGCGCAGGAGAUCCAUUCGUCAGGAAAGAACACUUCGGAGAAGAAUAAGCCGAAGAAUGACAACCCGAAGAAUCACAACCCGAAGAGUGACAAGCCGAAAAAAUGCACACCGAAUACGAACACCUCAACGCCAAGCAAGCCGAAGCAAAGCACUGCGCAACAACUCGAUGCGAAGGAAGCGUCUCAACCGAACAAGCCAGUGCCAAUACGUACUUAUAUGGUUGACUAUGCAGGCAUGAGUAUAUCCAUGGCUACAGCUUCCGCAUCGUCAAGCAGAUCGACGAAGACUACCGCGCGCCCCGCGUCCUCUCGCCAGGCAGAGCAUAUCAUCAGUUCUACGCCUGCUACGGACCCCAACGCCACAUCGAUCAUCGCAAAAGAGCUACACGAUCCGCGUUGUCAGCCUCGUGACAAGUGCACAAGCAGGGAUCGCACAUCGGAAGAGAAGGUGACGCCUACCACGACAAUAUCCGCCUCAAGCACGGCUUCCAGUCGCAAGAUAAUACGCCGCGCUACCACGGAGCUAAAUGUCCAAAAAGACCCCGAAGGCCCACACUCUGCACGGCCACUUCGCCUGCCUUUCAUAAGGAAGCCGAAAGUACCCACGCCUCCCCUGACUUUCAAGAGGAGAAAGAAAGUGCCCGCGCCUCGCCUGAGAAGGAGGAAAGCACCCACCUUUAGCCGGCGACAUUUGCGCAAAGUUGCCGUUCGAAGACCCAUCGCCCGCGCAGACCUUGGACCAAUCGUCCGUCAGAUCGACAGGCCCAGAAGCGCGGAGGCCGAAAACCAAAGACAAAUUAUGCGCGACGAGCGCGAGCAGCGUCAACGCAGGAGAGCUGAAAUUGAGCAGAUAUUGUUGAAAGAAUUUGACGGUGCUGCAAAGGAUCUGCCGGCAUUCCCGCGGCUCAGACGACGAACUGCUGCGGUAGGCGCAUGGGAAUUGGCGGAUGAAGUUCUGGACUUUGUGGUCAAGCGAUGA